UAUCUUCUUAUGAUAGAAUAGUGUAAAAACUACGAAAUUCGAUGUAUGUAAUUUAUCUGAAUACCGAAAAUAAAAUCAACGUCCACAAAUUACAGGAUUGAAUGCCAUAUAUCCAUGAUGACACUGUAGACAGGGAAGGACAGCAACAUGAAACUUGUUAAAUCACCAAUAGCUGUGAUGACUUUCUGCAGAUUCAGACUUCUAUCAUUAUCACCAAUAAACCAUUACAAUCAUGUGACAAACUUAGCCAGAUUUUCAAAGAUUCAUUGCUCAACGCAAACAUCAAGAACAUACACAUGUGUUACAAUUGGCAAUUUCAGUAGCAAUCUUUUUGAAAAUUGCCAUGUGAAAAAAUGCAGCAGAAUUGAAGAUAAACAAUAUUUUCAUCAGUGUGGUCCAAAUCUAAAUAAAAAAUUCCAUAAAAAGGUAAAAAUUCAUGAUAACAAAAAGGGACAAUCAUCUGAUGAAUCUGAUAACGUGAAGCGUGUCAAGUUGGUGAAAUUGAUUGACACUAUUCAGUUGUUUUCUAACGAAGAUCUGUUAAUUGGAAAGCAAACAUUAGCAGGGGCUAAGGAAUAUGCCAACAGUAAAGGGUUCAAAUUAGCUAAAUUAGAGGGAAAAUUUACAGAAGGAUUCCCGUCUUAUAAACUUGUGACAAAAGAAGAACAGAAGGAAGAACAGAAGAAGACACCAAAGGAAAAGAGCCCAAAACGCUUUGACAUUGUAACAAAAAUUGCCAGCCAUGAUCUCCAGAUUAAAAUCAAUCAAAUGGUUAAAAUACUUGUUAAAGGAAAACAAGUCAAUACUGUUCUAUCAGCUGCUAAAAAUGAGCAAAACAAGGGAUUACUUGGAUCAGUUCACAAAGAGAUAACAGAAGGACUUGACUCAGUAGGUUACAUUAAGGAUUCCAAAUACAAUAUUGAUAAAGGCUACAUAAACUCAGUAUAUAUACCUCGAGAAAAUAAAGUGAUAAAAGCUGAUGGACAUUCAGAAGAUGAUGGGGACAAAAAAGAAUGAAUUAUCUGAUUACUAGAAUGCAACUCAGGAUUGCCUUUUAUUGUUGAAUCAAUUGAAAGUGAUUUUAGAACUUUGACAGGUCUAUUCCUGACGGUGACAUAUAUAAUGUCAGUAUGAAAAAUUAAACUACUGGUGUGCCUUGAAGAAUAUGUUGGCUUUGAAAUAAAUAUUAUUACACAGACCUGUA